UGGAAAAUGCAAAUUGACAUCGAUUUACCAAACAUGCAUUUUUAAAAGUGGAGUUUCGCAAUCUUCAAUACAAGAUAACAUUAUCUCUCAUAAUUUUAAUUGGUUUUGCACCUAACAAAACCCAUUUUUUUUUGUAUGUUCCCAAAAUAGGAAGAACAGUUACCCGCACCAUUCCACUGAAAUUUCAAAGGGUUUCAGCAAGUUUCUGUUUACUCUCUCUAGACUCUCUACUUAUCCAUUAAUGGUUUCAUCCAGAUUUCUCAGUCUCAAAGUCUCUUUCUCUAAUCUUAUUCUAGACAGAAAACCCUCUUUACAUUCCCACAGCCCAUUAUCAUUACUUCACAAAUCCCUUUCUUCUGUUUGUAACAAUGACAGCUUACUUUCUUCUCCUUCUCUAACACCUCCAACUCCUAAAAAGGUUCCUUACAGACAUUCUGCUCAUGGAGUUGUAUGGGAAGAUCCUUAUCAUUGGAUGUCAAACACCAAGGACCCAGAUUUGUCAACUUACUUAAACCAAGAAAAUUCUUACACUGAAGCUUUCAUGGCUGAUACCAAAAAAUUACAACAUAAAUUACUUUCUGAGAUGAAAAGUCGAAUACCACCCAAAAUUUCUACUCCUCCUGAACGUUGGGGACCCUGGUUGUACUAUCAAUGCAUGCCUGAGGGGAAAGAAUACCCAGUUCUGUACAGGAGGUUGAAGAGGGGUGGCAAUAGUUGGAUGGAGACUGUUGCUAAAUAUGUGGGUACAGAUACUGAAAGACCUGAAAAAUUGCUGGAUUGGAAUGAAAUUGCUGAGCAGUUUGGUUAUGUUCAUGUGGGAACAUGUCGUGUAUCGCCUGAUCACAACUUUCUUGCAUACACUCUAGACACCACUGGGAGCGAGAAUUUCAUGUUUCAAAUUAAAGAUCUUAGGACUGGACUCAUUCUUCCGAAAGUGAGGGUUGAUGGAGUUGUUAGCCUGGCAUGGGCUAAAGACAGUCAAACUUUAUUUUAUACAGUCUCUGAUGAGACACAAAGGCCUUACAAGGUAUUUUGCACAAGGCUUGGAUCAGAUGCUGCAGAUGUUGCUCCAAUAUUCACAGAAAGUGAUCCGAGUUAUUGUGUUGAUAUCACAAGCACAAAGGAUGGAAAAUUUAUAACUGUGAAUUCUAAUUCAAGGACUUCAUCCGAGGUGUAUGUAAUUGAUGCAAACAAUCCCCAAGAGAGGUUGCGGAGAGUAAGGAAACGAUUGGCUGGAACACAAUAUUUUGUGGAGCAUCAUUAUGGUUACUUUUACAUUCUUACUGAUACUCCUUCGGUGGAGAAUAACUAUUUAAUAGACGGGGGUUACUAUAUGGCUAGAUGCAAAGCUGAGAACAUAGAGUCGGCUAAGUGGCAGGACCUUAUUCUACCAGGCCAAGAUGUCAGCUUUCAAGAUAUGGAUAUUUUCGAAGGGCAUCUGGUGCUUUUUCUUGAUAAAGGGGGAUCAUCUAUGAUCUGCUCCAUUAGAAUGCCUACCGAUAUAAAUUAUAAGCAUCUUGAUGAUUUAAAUCCUUGGUACUUUCCGCUGCCAUCAAACUUGUGCACUGUUGCACCUUGUUCUAAUCAUGACUUCAUGACAGCUGUCUACCGCGUGGUGCUUUCAUCUCCCGUGAUGCCCGAUGCAAUCAUCGACUAUGAUAUGUCCAAGCAGAAAUUCUCCUUUGUGCAUCAAGAUGAGGUAGUAGGUGUUACGGAGGACAAUACCAGGUCCACCUCAUUUUUUGAUAUGGAUGCACAGAAUGUCUUAGGUGAUACACAUAAUGGCCAGCAUCUCCAAAAUCUAGAAAGAGCACAAAGCUGGAAGGAUCUUUCUGAAGCAUUUCAUUGUGAAAUGAAGGAAAUUAAGUCACACGACGGUGUGCAAGUUCCCCUGACUAUUUUAUGCUCCCGAGAUGCACAACAGAAGGGCCAGUCUCCAGGUAUUUUGUUUGGUUAUGGAGCUUAUGGAGAAACUCUUGAUAAAAGUUGGUGUGCAGAUCGCUUAAGUUUGCUUGAUCGUGGUUGGGUGGUGGCAUUUGCUGAUGUAAGGGGUGGUGGUGGUCCAAGUUCUUCAUGGCAUAAAGCUGGUGUUGGUUUAAACAAACUAAACUCGGUACAUGAUUUUGUUGCAUGUGGCAAGUACUUGAUAGAUGAGGGCUACAUUCAUAAAGAUCAACUUGGUGCCAUUGGCUUAAGCGCAGGAGGACUUCUUGUGGGGGCAGCGAUAAAUAUGUAUCCAGACUUGUUUCGUGCUGCAGUAUUGAAGGUUCCAUUUCUUGAUAUCUGUAAUACAUUGUUGGAUCCCAGUUUACCUCUCACAAUGUUGGACCAUGAUGAAUUUGGUGACCCUCGGAUUAAGCACCAGUUUGAUUUUCUUCGAAGUUAUUCUCCUUACGAUAAUAUCCUGUCAGGAGUUUGUUACCCUUCGAUGUUGGUCACAGCGUCGUUUCUGGACUCUAGGGUUGGAAUUUGGGAAGCUGCCAAAUGGGUAGCAAAGGUGAGAGACAAACAAGGAGCAGGCUGUUCCAAUUCAGUACUUCUAAAGACAAAUAUGACCGGUGGGCAUUUCGGUGAAGGAGGCCGUUUUAGUCAAUGUGAGGAGGUGGCUUUUGAGUAUGCAUUUCUGAUGAAAGCGAUGGGGAUAACUGAGAGUGAGGCCGACAGCAAAGAAGCUUUGAGUUAGUAUGAAAAGACUAUUUCUCCAAUCAAGAGACUGGAAAUUAGUAUGCGGGGAUCCGGUCAAGGUAAACCACGGUGCUUGUUGAGAAUAUCCGUCACAUUACUGCUGAUGGAUGCUAGUGAAGUCCUGAUGAAGUCUUGUGGUUCAUUGCGAUUGCUUCCUCAUCCUCAACAUUGAGAUUUGAGGUUACUUGGCUUCUUUAACCCAUUGCUGGAAUGUUCUCAUGACUGAGUUGGCGUAGCACUCUGCUUAAAGCAAGGAAGUUCGGAAGAAAUCAGUAUACACACAUGUUGCAACAAGACUAGUAACUUGAUUUUCAGGGGUAUAUAAACCUUUCAUCUACUAACUUUGUUGGACAACACAUCAUCGCCUAUUCUAGUUGUCGCCAGAAUUUUGUUUUCCCAGAUCUAAGAAAUGAAGCUGAGAUAAUGAAAGAACUUGUCAUCCCCUCUAUCGUUGUGUAGUUACUUGAACUUUUUUUUUCCCAUGUACUUUUGAUCUUUAAGAUUACAUGAUCUGUUCUUGUAAAAGGAGGAUUGAAGUUCAUUUUCUUUUUGGUAUAA